AUGCAAGAGUGUUUCGCAUCUCGUCGUAAAUAUCAUUUCUCCGAUCCUCAUCCACGAGUGAUACAACUUGUAAGGCUACCGCCGGGUCCAGCUAGUAAAACUGUCAAGUCGCCAUCGGAGACACCUGUGAUACACGGCCUGCUGGAUAUACGGAUCUUGGAAAAUGCUAUCCAAUCCACUCUGGCGCCCAACGAGCUGUCACAUCGAGGAAGGUUGUGCGCGACAGCCACACACAGCCUUCUUGCAUUAUUAAAAGGUGUUCGCCUAAUAAAGUCGUCCAAUUUCAAAGCCACAAUUAUGUCUGGUACAUUUUUUAUGGAUCACGUAAGAGCCAAAUUUCGCAAGCAAGAACGUCUAGCUCAGCAGAAAGCAUCGAAUAUCAACUCCGAGAGUCCCAAUCCCAGUAGCAAUAUCAAAGCUGAAAGCAACGGGACCACCAAGCAUUCCAUGAGCAACAACAAAGACAUAAAGCCGGGUUCACCACAUUCCAGCGUUUCCACCACCCCGAAUUCCAACACCAGCAGUAUAUCGAGCCACCAUUCGACCAACGGUGGGGAUGUCAAACCAGUCAAUGGACAUAGUGGCAAACAAUCCGAAGAAAUUCACUCGAACAACAACAAAUGGUCGUCGAUGAGCCCGCAAUCUUGCAACACCGCCCUCCUAGUCCAGCAGGCGAACAAAGUUUUGUCUUCACAGCCCAGCCAUCUUCAGACGCACCACCACCACGCAGCCGCCGCGGCUGCGCUCUCGUCCCCGUUCUCGUCGCUGCUGGGCGCCACUGGGGGCGCUGCCUCCUAUCUACUGGGCGAUCAUCUGAAGCCGACCACAGCGAACCAUUUGUUUUAAUAGAAGCGGCCGCGAUUUCGUAUUCAUUCGAUCGAUAAGGUAUUUCGUGCUUAUGCGAAAGAGCAUAAUGUUUUCUAAUCACAAAAUUGAAACUUGGUUGGUUGAUUGGGAGUUGGUGUUCACCGAAAUAAUUCAAUAGGUUUGAAUACAUCGUACACGGUGGUUGUAUAGAAAUGGUUAGACCAAAUUUGGAACAGUUUAGGUAUUUUCAGAGUUCCAUUUUACGCCCUUCAAAGAGUGUCAUGUUGUUGAAUAGCUGAACAAACAACAUGUCAGAAACACUCAAGAUACCCAUAAAGUUACAUCAAUUACUAGUAGUAUAGUAUCAUUAUUAUAAAAAAGCAGAACCAACAAUAAUUGUAUUUUUUAUUUCAUAAUACUUAUUCAUACACUUUUACCUGUGAAAGUUCAAUGAUAAAUCAGUAUACGUGAAGUAGGUAAAUACAAACUUUACAAUUAUAAUUACUUAAUUCUCCAAUAAUUUACUUUGAAUUAAAUGUACCUAAUUAUUUGAAGUGAAUGUUGGACUGAAAUCACAAUUGUAGUUUAAUUUCAAUUUCGAUUAUUAUUUUUCUUUUUUCGGACUUUCUGUUCAGCAGAAGUGUUGCUGACGUCAUCAAAGUUGAAUUUCAUCCAUAGACUUCGAUGGAUAGAAUAGCCAAGUUGUUCAACCUAUUCCAUAUAAUUAUAAACAUCAAUAAUCAUAGAAUAACUGAUGCUAUUCAGACUAUUAAUGUUGAUAUGGUCUCAUCAAAUUGUCAAAAUACAAGUUACUCUCGAUGGAAUCAUGAGAAAAAUAAUAAACGGCUAUUUGUCAUGGUCACGUGAUAUUACCUACAAAUAUUGGAAAUUGAAGCAUCAACGAACACUUGAAAUGUCUUCUCGGCUUUGAUGGGCAACUCAAUUAUAAAUAAUAAUCAUCAUUCUUAAAAUCAUUUUCGCACACACUUUGAAGGGCGCCUAAUGGAUGUUCGAGGAAAUUUAGGUUCAUUUUCGUCUGUGAAAUUCCCACCUCUUUUUUUCCAUUUUUUUAUCCUAUCAUUAUUUCCUUUUCAAUUCUAUGACAACGAAGAGUAUACUGAUGUUACAUCAUGAAUUCAACCAUUUUAGUUUUGUAUUCAAAACAUCAAUAAUUUUUUCCGCUUCCAGUUUUUGUCUGAGAGGGAAAUGAGUGAAAUUUUUAUGCACUAUCCUCUGUUUAGUUUUGAUAGGUCUGGUAGAAUUUUAUUGAACAUUGUGUAAAUAUUAGGUAAUUUUUGAAUAAUCGUAUACUAAAAACCCGUGUCCUUAAAAUUUCGAAAAACUGACUGUGUUGUAAAUAUUUUGUAAAUAUAUUGUGUAUUUUUUCGACUGUGUCUGAUUAUAUGUACGAAGAUUGGAGAACAAAAUUGUUACAAUGAUAUCAAGAAAUCACACUUCUAGUCCACUAAAUGAUAAGUUCAUGUGAAAAAUGAUGAAUAAACAUUCGAAAAUU